AACAAACACAUGAGGCCUUAGGCUCUACAACUUAUUCCCUUGAAAAUGAAAAGCAGAGGGAAAUCAGUCACUGGAGGAUUGUGGAACCUAGGGUUACCUUCCAUAUUUCUCUUAUGUCUCUUUUUCUUCCUACUCGGAUUCUUCGCUUCUUCUCUCUUCUCUCAACAGGAUGCACCUAAUGUAAGGCCGAGGGUGCUAGCAUCUGUUGAUUUGGAGAAAGACUUUGAUCCCUUGCCCACUGGUGAGACAGGAGACAAUUCCCUCACUUCCAUCCCCUUUCAGGUUUUGAGCUGGUACCCACGUGCAUUAUACUUUCCCAAUUUUGCAUCUAUAGAACAAUGCCAGAGCAUAAUUAAGAUAGCAAAGGCAAACUUGGAACCGUCAUCCUUGGCUCUUCGAAAAGGAGAAACAGAAGAGACCACCAAUGGAAUUAGAACAAGUUCUGGCACAUUUAUCAGUGCAUCAGAAGACAAAACUGGAGUCUUGGAUCUUAUCGAGGAGAAAAUUGCAAAAGCGACAAUGAUCCCCAAGACACAUGGUGAGUACAUGUUUCAGGCGUUUAAUAUUUUGCGGUAUGAAAUUGGUCAAAGGUACCAGUCACAUUAUGAUGCUUUCGAUCCUGCUCAAUAUGGCCCUCAGAAGAGCCAAAGGGUUGCAUCCUUCUUGUUAUAUCUAUCCGAUGUUGAAGAAGGUGGGGAAACUGUCUUCCCUUUUGAGAGCGGACAGAACAUGGAUAGUAAGUACGAUUUCAGCAAGUGUAUAGGUUUGAAAGUGAAGCCACACAGAGGGGAUGGACUUCUAUUCUACUCACUAUUUCUAAAUGGUACAAUUGAUCCGCUGAUCUGCAAUAGGUUAGCUGGACAACAAGGCAAACUACGUACUAUCUGUUGCUUCUAGAUUAGAGAUCUGUCAGACUGUCACGAUAAAUCCCAGAUUAAAAGUUGUGAUUCUUGCAGAGUGGUUUAAGUGUGAGGAAAAGCUAUUUGAUAAACCGCCGAGUUGCCCAAAAACAUGUUUAAGAUUAAGCUCUAAUUGAUGAUGUGGCUUAAACAUGGUUUACUAAUCAUAAUAUUGUGAUUUUAUGAAGAUGCCCUCUUAUAGAAAAAGAGGAAAAGUUAUACAAUCAGACCACUAGCGUGGAAACUGGGUGGAGAUUAUAGUAUGUUGUUGCUUCAUGAUUGUUUUCAUUUUCUAAUGCUGAUGUGGCAGUUCACUUGAUGCAAUUAGAACAUGCUCGUCAGUUCUUAUACUACUUCCAGGUGCCCAGUAAAUGUAAAUCAUAAACCAUGAAUUACCAAAGAAGGAAAUGACCAACAUAAUGUAAUGCAUAAUUUCAUUUUGAUAUUCAUGUUUGUUUGAAUUCUAAUGCAGACCUCAAUUCACGGUAGCUGUCCAGUAAUCAGA